UCGAUUUGUAAACAGAUUGCGAGAAGGAGGGAUCUUGUAUAGAUGUCCUCCUUCCCAAGCAGUGUUCACGACAUUGUGGACAUGGUAUCUGCUCCCCUUUGCGCGGAAGGUCCAAUAUGCGAAAGGUGGCAUCCCCUCCCAACUUUGAUGUUUCCUCUACACUUUACGAUAGUACUUAUCUUUUACCCCUGACACGUGAUGACGUGUUCGUUCAAUAAUCGCACGCGUCGACAGCCGAGGUCAACCCGAUUGAAGAUUGUAGUCAUCCAUUGCGACUCUUCAACAUGAACAAUCAAGUCCAUUAAGGUCUUCUCAUGAUGGCACUGACAGCACCUCCUCAAACUGGGAAUCGUGUCUCCACUCCCGAAGACAUCAGUGAUGCACUGGACGAGGACAUCGCCAAAGUAAGAGCCGAAAUCGACAGCCUUACUAGACGCCAGAAGCUCCUCAUAUCGUCUUUGAUAUCAUCCACGGUGAUCCAAGAACAUCUCUCCGCCAAUGGAACAGUCUCUCCUGCGGUUGAAUUUGCCACACAACAAUAUUCAUUAAACAUUCACCGCCUAGGCAUUGGGGUGAUCUCCUUCCCUUUCGACGACCCGAGUCCCGAGAUACAAUCCAGAAAUCCCCUAUUGGGCAUCCAGAUCGAUAUAUGCGAUCGCACCGGUCGCCUUGAUAGUCCAUAUUACCUGUUCUGUAUCCGCGCAGGCGGUGGGGAGGGACCCGUUAUAAGCCAGGAACUCCGAAUCCAUCGCCACACGAUUCCUGCUUUCGUACCGCUUCAGGAAUACGAGAAGCGAUACCUCCCGCCCGCUGACGAAGGAUAUGGUUCGGAGGACUCUGUUUUGAGCAGUGGUGGAGCCUCGCCGAAACAAGAUCUGCAUGGCCUCAUAAAUAAAAUCCGACAUGAUCUCGUCGCGUGGAGAUCGAGGCAGGAUGCUAUUGGGUCUAUACGAGAACAAUUGGCGAUGCCAACAAAGAAGGCCACAGAGAACAGCAAUGAGCAACGACCUGAGGAAGGUUCAGGCCAUCACGGUGGUUCCGUACCAGACGUCGAAACACCGGUUGGCAAAUUUGGCGUGCGAGAGUUCGAAGCAACCGGCGUUGAUGCUCGGCAAGUGCGCAUACUGUGGUCGGAUGACAGGCUGGGUCGGAUCAAGAUCUCGGACCAAGGCGGGAUCGAUAAAGCAGCAGUUUUCGGGAGUCAAGGUCGCAUCAGGAACAUGGAGCGUAUCUUGACACAGGGUGAUGCGACGGUCUUCAACCUGUUGGACAGAUUACAAGAGAUCGACCACAGCACAAGAGUGAACCCGAGUAAUGGAAGGACGAGGGGGAGCAGGUCACGGGCAUGAAACCUGCCGCAGAGUGUUACAUCAAUAAGAUGCUGCAACUUCUUCUGGUCCCCUCGCGCCCUCUUCACCUAUUCGGCUGCUUGGAUCUCGAGGUCCUCGAGCCGGCAUCUACCCAAAGCAGCUGCAGCAUUCGCCAAAGAUGAGUCCCGCGCCCUGUUGACGUCUCCUUCGCCCCUUGUUAGGAGGUCAUCUCGCCGAGCUUUCCAGGCUUUGUGAGCCGGCUUUUCCUUUCUCUCCCUCCUGCCCUCUGA